AUGCCGCAUGAAAUACAGCAGUCUCCUGGCCAGUCCCCUUCUACUCUUUGGGAGAUUCUGGCAGGAGCAGCAGCAGUAAAUGAUUCGGCGGUUGCCGAAGUUCUUGAUGCUAGCAUGAAACCUACUCUUCUUGGCUGCAGCAAUCCAUCAGACGAACUGGGAGAGUCUACGCCUUAUCGGUCAACCACAUCUGGCGCAGAUUCUAUUCCGAUCUCCAACGGUCCUCAGCCGUGGUUUGUAGACAAGCCGAGCUAUGUGGUCAACAGCGAUGUUGUGCCAGGCAGUUGCAUCACUCUUCCACCCGGUUAUGCUGAGGAGUUUGAUGAGUUUACGUGUAACGAAAGCGCGCGAAUGGAGGGGGUGGCCUAUGACGAUGGGGUGAAUACCUUCGUACAGGUCAUGCAGCCGGGUGGUCGGGAGUCCUCCCUAUGGAGCCCCUCGGGGUCUGAUUCGACGACGGCACCUGGUUCUCUAUUGACCAUCGCCACGCCCGCAGCGGCCGCAAUUCCGCCAACAACUCUCAGCGACCCUUGGUCUUUUGAGCCGACGCAUUUCUACGGCCUGGAAUCGAGUCAGCCUUUUCACCCUCUUUCUGUAUCGCCUUUCAGUCUGGCAACAGACAUGUACGGCAUGCCGUGCUGCUUUCCUCAGAGCUUCGAUAUACCGCUAGACAGUCUUGAUACGUCCACUAUUUGA